AUGGCGUUGGCUCAGAGGAGAUCCCAGGUUUGGGAGAGGAUCAUCCCCGAACUGGGGAGCCAAAGUCCAUACCUGAUGCAUCUGCUCUUAGCACUUGGAGGCAUUCACAUGAUCAAACAGAAGGCAGAUGCAAACACGCCCAUCCCUGAAGAUUCAGAUGCGAUGGACUUGGCUGUAGUAAUGGAACACCAUCAGAGGGGAUUGGAAGGCUUUAGAGAAGAAGUGUCCCGCACCUCUCCCUCCAACGCCGAAUUUGUGUUCGCAGGGUCUUUGAUUCUUGUUGGAUUUGCUUUUGCAUUCCUCCGGAUCCAGGACUUCAACUUCCAGACUGGAACGACGGAAGACCUUUGCAGUAACCUGGCCAAUCCCUUAACAAAUAAGAAUCUACGCCUUAAUUGGCUAUACCUUAAUCGAGGAGUGGUUUCCGUGAUUCGUGAUCAAUGGCCUGUCUUGAAAACCGGCCGGCUCCGACAGAUGCUAAUGUCAUCACAUAACGAUGAAGCUUGGGCGGUCUCAUCAUUUGAUGUACCAUCUCGACUGUCUCGUUGCUCACCUCGCUUAAUUAAAUUUUACGAAGGAGCUCAUCAAGCAAUCGUCUCCAUCAGAGAAUCUUUGAAUGCGAUCGAAUCCGCUUCGGAUGACAGAUCUAGCUGCUCAGGCACACCAGCAUCUCAACCUUCACCGUCUACAAGUUUGGACGUGGCUAUGGACGUGCACGUUGAGACAAUACGCAUCCUGGAGACCUUUUACUCACGUAUUACAUCUACGUUGCAGUUUGCAGCCACUGAAAAUUCCACGGAUAAAGAGAUCCAGUUGGAUUUUGAAGAGGCAGCUAUUUUGUCCUGGCCGGAUUUGCUCCCCAGUGCCUUCUUGGAGUCGCUUGAAAGAAGUGAGCAUAACUGUCUUCAUGGGCUUUCACUUGUCAUCCUUGCUCACUUUUAUCUGAUAAACACGCUGAUCGAUGCCUGGCAUCUCAAGGGCUCCUUUCAAAUCGAGAUACUGGGACUCAAUGCACUUGUUGGUUCACUGAACGAGAGCAAACUAUCAACAUUCAUGUUGUGGCCUAACGAAGUUAUGAACUUGCCACUUAACAGCAUAUCUUAA